AGCCAGAGCGACACAGAUUCGGCUUGAGGAAAGUAGACUGGGACAGGCGUGGUGGCUUUUACCGAAGCGAAGGCGACAAGACUGACUGUCCGCAAACUGAAUCUCGCAACUGGCAACACAUUUAUCUGCAUCUAUCUCCUUCGCAAAGACGUGGUUUAAAGGUCCGUCAUGUCUGCCAAGGCCAUCUCUGAGCAGACGGGGAAGGAGUUCCUGUACAAACACAUCUGCACCUCCGCAGCCGUCCAGAACCGCUUCCGAUACGCCCGCGUCUCCACGGAUACCGACUGGGACCGCCUCGUGCAGGACCACCCCUGGCUGCUGAGCGAGCGAUUGGUUGUGAAGCCGGACCAGCUGAUCAAGCGUCGAGGGAAACUGGGCCUGGUGGGCGUCGGCUUGGACCUGCAGGGUGUCCGUGAUUGGCUGAAACCACGACUGAUGAGGGAGACCACAAUUGGAAAGGCGAAGGGAAUCCUGAAGAACUUCCUCAUUGAACCCUUCGUGCCUCAUAAGCAGGAUGAGGAGUUCUACGUGUGUAUCUACGCGGCGCGGGAGGGGGACUGGGUGUUGUUCCACCAUGAGGGGGGGGUCGAUGUGGGGGACGUCGACUCCAAAGCUCAGAAGCUGCUGGUUGCCGUGGACGACAAGCUCACAGAGGAAAUGGUCAUCCAACAGCUGCUGUCCCACGCCCCUCAGAGUAGAAAAGAGGUUCUGGCCAACUUCAUUGUGGGACUCUUCAACUUGUAUGAGGAUCUCUUCUUCACCUACCUGGAGAUCAACCCCCUGGUGGUGACGCAGGACGGUGUGUAUGUUCUGGACAUGGCUGCUAAGAUCGACGUCACUGCCGACUUCAUCUGCAAGGCCAAGUGGGGCGACGUGGACUUCCCUCCUCCCUUUGGACGAGAGGCGUACCCAGAGGAGGCCUACAUUGCUGAUCUGGAUGCCAAGAGCGGUGCCAGUCUGAAGCUCACCAUCCUCAACCCCAGAGGACGCAUCUGGACCAUGGUGGCAGGAGGAGGAGCCUCCGUAGUCUACAGUGACACCAUCUGUGACCUGGGUGGCGUGGACGAGCUGGCCAACUACGGGGAGUACUCCGGAGCCCCCAGCGAACAGCAGACCUACGACUACGCCAAGACCAUCCUCUCCCUCAUGACCCGGGAGAAGCACAAGGAAGGUAAAGUGCUGAUCAUCGGAGGCAGCAUCGCCAACUUCACUAACGUGGCCGCCACCUUCAAAGGCAUCGUCAGGGCGAUAAGGGACUACCAGGAGCCGCUGAAGGAGCACGAGGUGUCCAUCUUCGUGCGGCGAGGAGGCCCCAACUACCAGGAGGGCCUGCGUGUCAUGGGAGAAGUUGGCAAGACGACGGGCAUCCCUAUCCACGUGUUUGGGACGGAGACGCACAUGACGGCCAUCGUUGGCAUGGCGCUGGGCCACCGACCAAUCCCCAAUCAGCCUCCUGCCGACGCCCACACCGCCAACUUCCUGCUCAACUCCAGCAGCGGCACAGCGACACCAGCCUCCAGCAGGACCGCCUCCUUCUCUGAGCCCAAGGCCGCUGCAGACGUCACUCCUGCAAAGAAGCUAAAACCAGGUGUCCCACCAGUGAAGGCCACCACUCUGUUCAGUAGCCAGUCCAAGGCGCUGGUAUGGGGCAUGCAGACGCGUGCGGUGCAGGGCAUGAUGGACUUCGACUACGUGUGUUCACGCGACGCCCCCUCUGUUGCUGCCAUGGUCUACCCCUUCACCGGGGACCAUAAGCAGAAGUUCUACUGGGGCCACAAGGAGAUCCUGCUGCCGGUGUACAAGAACAUGGCGGACGCCGUGCGGAAGCACCCGGAAGUGUGUGUGCUCAUCAGCUUCGCCUCGCUGCGCUCUGCCUACGACAGCGCCAUGGAAACCAUGCAGUACGCGCAGAUCCACACCAUCGCCAUCAUAGCGGAGGGCAUUCCGGAGGCCCUGACGCGUCGGCUUAUCAAGAAGGCUGAUGAGAAGGGUGUGACCAUCAUCGGCCCGGCAACGGUGGGCGGUAUCAAGCCCGGCUGCUUCAAGAUAGGCAACACGGGCGGGAUGCUGGACAACAUCUUGGCCUCCAAGCUCUACCGUCCGGGCAGCGUGGCGUACGUGUCCCGCUCCGGCGGAAUGUCCAACGAGCUCAACAACAUCAUCUCCCGCACCACCGACGGAGUCUACGAGGGCGUGGCUAUUGGAGGAGAUAGGUACCCAGGCUCCACCUUUAUGGAUCACGUGCUGAGAUAUGAGGACACUCCUGACGUCAAGAUGAUCGUGGUGUUGGGAGAGAUCGGGGGCACGGAGGAGUACAGGAUUGGGCAGGGUGUGGCGGAGGGCCGCAUCACUAAGCCGGUGGUGUGCUGGUGCAUCGGGACAUGUGCCACCAUGUUCUCCUCUGAGGUUCAGUUUGGCCAUGCGGGCGCGUGUGCUAACCAGGCGUCGGAGACCGCGGUGGCGAAGAAUCAAGCGCUACGAGAGGGAGGAGUCUUCGUCCCCAAGAGCUUCGACGAGCUCGGUGAUGUCAUACGGUCUGUGUAUGAUGACCUGGUGACAUCAGGAGUUAUUGUUCCAGCAAAGGAAGUCCCGCCCCCAACUGUUCCAAUGGAUUACUCAUGGGCCAGAGAGCUGGGUCUGAUCCGUAAGCCGGCGUCGUUCAUGACGAGCAUCUGCGACGAGCGCGGCCAGGAACUAAUCUACGCCGGAAUGCCCAUCACCGAGGUGUUCAAGGAGGAGAUGGGGCUGGGGGGGGUCCUGGGCCUGCUGUGGUUCCAGAGACGGCUGCCCCGCUACGCGUGCCAGUUCAUCGAGAUGUGUCUGAUGGUGACGGCGGACCACGGCCCCGCGGUGUCCGGCGCUCACAACACCAUCGUGUGCGCCCGCGCCGGCAAGGACCUCGUGUCAAGCCUCACCUCUGGCCUGCUGACCAUCGGCGAUCGUUUCGGCGGCGCGCUGGAUGCGGCGGCUAAGCAGUUCAGCGGGGCGUUUGAUAGCGGGCUGCUGCCCAUGGAGUUCGUCAACAAGAUGAAGAAGGACGGACGACUCAUCAUGGGCAUCGGACACCGCGUCAAAUCGAUUAAUAAUCCAGACAUGCGGGUCCAGAUCCUGAAGGACUUUGUGAAGCAGAACUUUCCUGCCACACAGCUGCUGGACUAUGCCCUGGAAGUGGAGAAGAUCACAACCUCCAAGAAACCCAACCUGAUUCUGAACGUGGACGGCUUCAUCGGUGUGGCAUUCGUGGACCUGCUGCGGACCUGUGGGGGAUUCACUAGAGAUGAGGCUGAUGAGUUUGUUGAGAUCGGGGCCCUCAACGGAAUCUUUGUCCUUGGCCGAAGCAUGGGCUUCAUUGGCCAUUAUCUGGAUCAGAAGCGUUUGAAGCAGGGUCUCUAUCGUCAUCCCUGGGACGACAUCUCCUAUGUGCUUCCUGAACAUAUGACCAUGUAACCAUGGAAACCAGUCACCUCUUAGGGACCCUCCCCUUCAGCCUGCUCCAGCUUUGUGUGUGUGUGCGUGUGUGUGUGCGUGCGUGCGUGUGUGUGUGUAUGUGUGUGUGUGUCUGUAAAUUAUUCUACAGAGUGAAGCCCUAAUGUGAAGGCUGACUGUUUGAGCCAAUCAGAUAAGGCCCUGGGGCCGUGGGCGGGGCUAGGCGGUAUGGCCACAUGACACUUUUAGUUUGACGGAAGCUCAUGGUGUGUGGGGGGGGGAGGGGGGGGCUUGUACACAAACACACACACACACUCACACAGCUAAAUACACCACCUUAUAGUACUCACUGACACAAGUAUCAUGUGCAUCAAAUCUGUGUGUGUGUGUGUGUGUGUGUGUGUGUGUGUGGGAGAGUGUGUGUGUGUGUGAGAGCGUUCAGAUGCAGGCUUCUCUGUAGUGAGCUGCUCCCCAUAGAGCUGAAGAGGGUUCAGCAUAGACAGCAGCAGUAACUGUAGCGUAGACACACACACACACACACACACACACACACACAGCUGCUUCCCAUAGAGCUGAAGAGGGUCAGCAUAGACAGCAGCAGUAACUGUAGCGUAGACGCCACGCUUUACGUGUGUGUGUGUGUGUGUGUGUGUGUGUGUGUGUAACUGUAGCGUAGCCGCCGCGCUUUACGUGUCCUAACUAGCUAACUGUGAACGCCUCUAACGCGGACACAAACACACCGACCCAUCUGUCUUAACGACGAGCGCAGGGGACCAUGGCAACGUGGUAGUGUAGUUACCUUAGCAACAGUUGGCAUGGCACAGCAUGCGUGUCUCUGUGCUUGUACAUGUGUGUGCUGCUUAUACGUGUGUGUGUGUGUGUGUGUGUGUGUGUGUGUGUGUGUGUGUGUGUGUGUGUGUCGCUUGCUGCUCUGACUAACUGUUCAUGAUAUUUUUGGUGAAAAGGUACCGUUUAGUUUCUGAAAAGAGGUUGUGGCCGCUCUUGCCGGGCCGGUUUUAUUUUUUUAAUGUUCGACUAAAAAACUAUUUAAAUGGGAAAUAAAUGUGCUUCUGUUGUCCUUUUGAUUUUUAAUAUACUGUUUGACAAAACUGUAAAAUUGUAGAUGAAUAAAGCAGUCUUGUUUGAAAGCC